GUGAGGUGAGCAGCAGCGGUGCCAGGCUGGAGCUGCCGCUGCUCCUGACAGGGGUGCUGCGGUUCUCGUGGUGGCAGGGGCGUCACUGGUGCUACUCUUGGCAGGGACCCAAAACUGAGGCAGCUCCUGCUCCGCUCCUGCUCUUGUCGCUAGCGGGGAAACCCUCUGCUGCUGCUGCUGCUGCUGCUGCUGCUGUAUUAAUGAUUCUUUUGCUGGUGGACCUAAUGAUGGUAAUGCUAUGAUGAUCAUGAUGAUGGCUGUGGUAGUGAUUAAGUUGAUGAUGAGUGACAAUGAUGAUGAUGAUGAUAAUGAUGACGAUGGCGUUAAUGAUGAAGAUAAGAAGGAUGACGGUGGAGGUGUUGGUCGUAAUUAAGCUGAUGAUGACAUGGACAAGGAUGAUGACGAUGAUGUCGGUGACAACAGCGGUGCCAGGUGCCAGGGCGCGGGGUGCAAGCUUCUCCAUGGAUGACACGCGCAUGGGUUCCUCAGGACCAAUAUAUUAUUAGGCCAUGUCGGGAACAGCGGUGGAACGGGUGUGGGAGGCGGCGGCGGCGGGCGUGGCGGCGGCAGCUGGUGCGGGCGGCGGCGGCUGUAGUGGUCGGCAGCGGCGCGGGUCGCAGCUACCGCGGCGCGGGGCGUGGCUGCUCGGCAGCUCCGCCAAUGGGGCGCCGGUGGUGGCGGGGGCCUGUGGGCCGCCCACCGCCGCCCCAGUCACUGUCCGGCCGCCGCGGUGAUCACACCCGCCAUGACGCUCGACCCCCGGCCCCUCGUGCCCCUGUCGCCGCCGCCGCCGCCCACUUCCGCCGCCAUGACCGACCCCCGGCCGGGACCCCCGCCCGUGUCCCCACCACCCUCCAGGCCGCCGCCGCCCACCCUGCCCGUGUCGUCCCUGGCCGCUGCCUCGGCCCUCUCCAUGGUGCCGCGCUCGUCGGCCUUCACCGCUGUGUUCCCGCCGCUGAGCCGCAGCGCUUUACCGGACCUGACAGCGCUCAAUCUGGCUGCCCUGGAGUCCUACCUGGCGCUGACGGGCCUCUCCCGCCUUGCAGGGCCACGCCCCUCGAACUCAGCCGCCAGCAACAACAAGAAGUUUGACUUUUCUCGCCUCGCUGAGAGUGUCGCUGAAGGUGAGAAGCUAGUAGCGGGCAGCAGCAGCCCACCCGCGUCAUCCACCCCGGUUUCAGCGGCGGCGGCGGCGGCGGCAGUGGCCAGUCUAACCCAAGUGGCGCCGCUCGUGUCCUCCGUUAGAUCACUGCCGCUGCUAACAGAGACCUACCCACUGCUGCUCAAUCCCCUGUAUCAGUCCAUGUUGGCACAACAACAACAGCAGCAACAACAACAGCAACAACAACAACAGCAGCAACCGCCCCCUCCCCACCCAUCACUGGGGUUCCGGCGGGCGGCGGGUGGCCGCGGCCGCACACCGAGACCUAAGAAGCAGUUCAUCUGCAAGUAUUGUAACAGACACUUCACCAAGAGCUACAACCUGCUCAUCCACGAGCGCACGCACACGGACGAGCGGCCCUACACCUGCGAUAUCUGCGGCAAGGCCUUUCGUCGCCAGGACCACCUGCGUGACCACCGGUACAUCCACAGCAAGGAGAAGCCCUUCAAAUGUACGGAGUGCGGGAAAGGCUUCUGUCAGAGUCGCACCCUGGCCGUCCACCGCAUCCUGCACAUGGAAGAGUCACCACAUAAGUGUUCCACCUGCGGCAGAAGUUUUAACCAGCGCAGUAACCUGAAGACACAUCUGCUCACCCACACGGACAUCAAGCCGUACACGUGUCCUCAGUGCGACAAGGUGUUUCGACGCAACUGUGACCUCCGCCGCCACGCCCUUACCCACAAUCUCACCUCGCCCCUUGACCUCGACCUCAGCGCCCUUCCAUCCUCCUCCACCUCUUCUUCCUCCUCCAACUCCUCCCUGCUAGGACUGGACCUCGCUGCCCCAGCCGCCGCCCUCCACCACCACCGCCUCCACCACCACCACCACUACCCGCUCUCCCCGAACUCCGUCGCAGCUGGAGAAGAGGAAGAAGAGGAAAGAGAAAAAGACAUCCCCGAGCUGCAGGGAGCCCCCGGCCGCACCUACAGCAGCGAUGAGGAUGAGGCAGCCAGAGUAGGGAAGCGAUCCAAGACCGAACGCGUGACGACUCCAGCUGAGGGUCGUCCUCCUAGUGGCGUCGAUUUCGAUGAAGAUGACGAAGACGACGAAGACGAUGACUUCGGAAAGGACGACCUGCUGGUGGACGAUGAUGACGAUGACGACAGCAACCACUCCAGUCCACCCACGUUGCUCGGGAGGUUCCGCUCAGACCAGCAGAAGGAGCCGUUGAACCUCGGGGCGUCCACCUCCGCCUCCCUGGCCUCCUUCAGUAUAGCUUCCAUCAUGGGCGGGGCGGAUUAGUGCCUCGUAGGAUGCCUGCGUGAAGGAAGAAAGGAAGGAAGGAAGGAGAAAAGAAGAAUAAAGGAUGCAAAAGAGAUAAUUAUAGAAUCGAGUUGUGGAAUCAGUGAAACAGCACCAGAGAGAGAGAGAGAGAGAGAGA